AUGCACGACGCCUUCGAGCCGGUGCCGAUCCUAGAAAAGCUGCCUCUGCAGAUCGACUGUCUGGCUGCCUGGGAGGAAUGGCUGCUUGUUGGAACAAAACAAGGUCAUCUUCUUCUCUAUAGGAUUCGGAAAGACGUUGGUUGCAACAGGUUUGAAGUGACAUUAGAGAAAUCCAAUAAGAACUUCUCCAAAAAGAUUCAGCAGAUCCACGUGGUCUCCCAGUUUAAGAUUCUGGUCAGCUUGUUAGAAAAUAAUAUUUACGUCCAUGACCUGUUGACAUUUCAACAAAUCACUACGGUUUCCAAGGCAAAGGGAGCAUCGUUGUUCACAUGUGACCUCCAGCACACAGAGACUGGGGAGGAGGUGUUGCGGAUGUGUGUGGCUGUGAAAAAGAAGCUGCAGCUAUAUUUCUGGAAAGACAGGGAAUUUCAUGAAUUGCAGGGGGACUUUAGUGUACCAGAUGUGCCCAAGUCCAUGGCAUGGUGUGAAAAUUCUAUCUGUGUGGGCUUCAAGAGAGACUACUAUCUAAUAAGGGUGGAUGGAAAGGGGGCCAACAAAGAGCUCUUCCCAACAGGAAAACAGCUGGAGCCCUUAGUUGCACCUCUGGCGGAUGGAAAGGUGGCCGUGGGUCAGGAUGAUCUCACCGUGGUGCUCAAUGAGGAGGGGAUCUGCACACAGAAGUGUGCCCUGAACUGGACAGACAUCCCAGUGGCCAUGGAGCACCAGCCUCCCUACAUCAUUGCAGUGUUGCCUCGAUAUGUGGAAAUCCGAACAUUUGAGCCGAGGCUUCUGGUCCAGAGCAUUGAACUGCAAAGACCCCGUUUUAUUACCUCAGGCGGAUCAAACAUUAUCUAUGUGGCCAGCAAUCACUUUGUCUGGAGACUCAUUCCAGUCCCCAUGGCGACACAAAUCCAACAGCUUCUCCAGGACAAGCAGUUUGAAUUGGCUUUGCAGCUCGCAGAAAUGAAAGAUGAUUCCGACAGUGAAAAGCAGCAACAGAUCCAUCACAUCAAGAACUUGUAUGCCUUCAACCUCUUCUGCCAGAAGCGUUUCGAUGAGUCCAUGCAGGUCUUUGCUAAACUUGGCACAGAUCCUACCCAUGUGAUGGGCCUGUACCCGGAUCUGCUGCCCACAGACUACAGGAAGCAGCUGCAGUAUCCUAACCCACUGCCUGUGCUGUCUGGGGCUGAGCUGGAGAAGGCUCACUUAGCUCUGAUUGACUACCUGACCCAGAAACGAAGCCAGUUGGUAAAGAAGCUGAAUGACUCAGACCACCAGUCUAGCACCUCGCCUCUCGUGGAAGGGACCCCUACCAUCAAGUCCAAGAGGAAGCUGCUGCAGAUCAUUGACACCACCCUGCUCAAGUGCUACCUUCACACGAACGUGGCCCUCGUGGCCCCCUUGCUCCGUCUGGAGAACAAUCACUGCCACAUCGAAGAGAGCGAGCACGUGCUGAAGAAGGCUCACAAGUACAGCGAGCUGAUCAUCCUGUACGAGAAGAAGGGGCUCCACGAGAAAGCUCUGCAGGUGCUGGUGGACCAGUCCAAGAAAGCAAAUUCCCCUCUGAAAGGCCAUGAGCGGACAGUGCAGUACCUGCAACAUCUGGGCACAGAAAAUCUGCAUUUAAUUUUUUCCUACUCAGUGUGGGUGCUGAGAGACUUUCCAGAGGAUGGCCUGAAGAUAUUUACUGAGGACCUCCCAGAGGUGGAGGCUUUGCCACGAGACCGAGUGCUGGGCUUCUUAGUGGAGAAUUUUAAGGGUCUGGCUAUUCCUUACCUGGAACAUGUCAUCCACGUUUGGGAGGAGACCGGCUCUCGGUUCCACAACUGCCUGAUCCAGCUGUACUGCGAGAAGGUGCAAGGUCUGAUGAAGGAGUAUCUCCUGUCCUUCCCUGCAGGCAAAGCUCCAGUCCCUGCUGGUGAAGAGGAAGGAGAGCUGGGAGAAUACCGACGGAAGCUCCUUAUGUUCUUGGAAAUUUCCAGCUACUAUGACCCAGGCCGGCUCAUCUGUGAUUUUCCUUUUGAUGGCCUCUUGGAAGAACGUGCUCUCCUGCUGGGACGCAUGGGGAAACACGAACAAGCUCUCUUCAUCUACGUGCACAUCCUGAAAGACACAAGGAUGGCUGAAGAGUACUGCCACAAGCAUUAUGACCAAAACAAAGAUGGCAACAAAGAUGUGUAUCUGUCCCUGCUCCGGAUGUACCUGUCACCCCCCAGCGUGCACUGCCUGGGGCCGAUCAAGCUGGAACUGCUGGAGCCACAAGCCAACCUCCAAGCCGCCCUGCAGGUCCUGGAGCUACACCACAGCAAGCUGGACACCACCAAGGCCAUCAACCUGCUGCCCGCAAACACUCAGAUUAAUGACAUACGCAUCUUUCUGGAGAAGGUCUUAGAAGAGAAUGCCCAGAAGAAACGGUUCAACCAAGUGCUCAAGAACCUUCUCCAUGCAGAGUUCCUGAGGGUCCAGGAAGAGCGCAUUCUACACCAGCAGGUGAAGUGCAUCAUCACGGAGGAGAAGGUGUGCAUGGUGUGUAAGAAGAAGAUUGGGAACAGCGCAUUUGCAAGAUACCCCAAUGGGGUGGUCGUGCAUUACUUCUGCUCCAAAGAGGUCAACCCGGCUGACACCUGA